AAUCAACAGGAGCGCCUCCUCCGAAACCGAAAGCCCCAAACCAGUCCAAACUAGCCGAGCGGCGGCCAUCUCAAAUCCAAAUCCCGCUCCCCGUCUCUCUCUCUCCCCUCUCCGCCCCGCUCCCCAUUUCGUCCACUUCUCCGCCCGCCUCAGAUCACAAGCCCUAACCUAGCCGGAGACCAGAGGAGGAGCCCUCUUCCUCCUCCCGACCUCCCCCCUCCAGCUGUUGCUGCUCCGCCAUGAACAACUUCCACGUCUACGAGGCCAUUGGCCGCGGCAAGCACUCGACUGUCUACAAAGGGCGGAAGAAGAAAACCAUCGAGUACUUCGCCGUCAAGAGUGUCGACAAGUCGCAGCGCUCCAAGGUCCUCAACGAGGUCCGGAUGCUUCAUUCUUUAGAUCAUGCAAAUGUCCUGAAAUUUUACUCUUGGUAUGAAACUUCAGCACAUUUUUGGCUGGUACUGGAAUAUUGUGUUGGUGGAGACCUCAAGGGCUUGCUUGAGCAGGAUAAGAAGCUGCCUGAAAGUGCCAUGCAUGACCUGGCUUACGAUCUUGUCAAAGCCCUCCUGUUCUUGCAUUCACAAGGAAUUAUAUAUUGUGAUCUGAAGCCAUCUAACAUCCUACUUGAUGAGUUUGGAUGCAUGAAGCUGUGUGAUUUUGGAUUAGCAAGACGUUUAAAGGACAUCGAGAAGACCGACCCUGGAGAUGUGCCACAACCUAUGAGGGGGACACCAUGUUACAUGGCUCCUGAGUUGUUCCAAGAGGGAGGGGUCCACUCAUAUGCUUCUGAUUUCUGGGCUCUUGGUUGUGUGCUAUACGAAUGCUAUGUAGGAAGACCUCCUUUCGUGGGCCGUGAAUUUACCCAGUUAGUCAAAUCCAUACUUUCAGAGCCUGCACCACCUUUACCUGAUAAUUCGUCAAGGUCUUUUCAGAAUCUGAUCAACUGCUUACUCAUGAAAGACCCAGCUGAAAGACUACAGUGGUCUGAACUCUGUGCACACAACUUCUGGAGAAACAGUAUGCCAAUGAUUCCGUUACCUCCUCAACCUGCCUUCGACAACAUGGUUGGACUUCCCACUACACCAUAUCUAGCUGAGCGAAAUGGGGAUAAACCCUCCAGACAGCUGACGCCACCCAAGACUCGUGAACACCUACGCAAGAAAGAUGAAAAUUCUGCCAAGAUGUUCACGACCCCUGUUAAGAAUGUGCUAACUGGUAAGAAAAAUAAUGCAAAACCUUGUAAGGCUGAUGGUUUGAAGGGUGUAAAUGUCCUUAGAAUGUCUCGCAUAGCUAAGAAAAAUUUGCAAAGGGAAAAAGACAAGGAGAACUACAGGCGUCCUCCCACAGAAACAGACGAAAAUGAGGCUGAAGUUAAGAUAGAAAAUAAUGACAUGGAGCUUGAUUUUGGUGAAAAUCCAGAAGGCGAUGCACCUGAUGAUAAUGAUGGAUCAGAUAAUGUUGGAUCCACAGCAGAUGAAAAGCAUACGACCGAAGGAACUGAUGGAAAUGAAGAGAACUGCAUAAAUCAGGUGGAUAUGCUCACGGAUGAGUGUUCUGUUAAGCCUGAUACCAUGUUGAAAGCUGAGCAGAACUGCUCAGAGAAUCCUGAUGUGGUGGCCACUCCACCUAGUUUCUGUAUGAGGAAAGCACGUCCGAAGAUAACUUCUGGUGCUGCAACGGGUUCUGAGCCGUCUAACAUCUUUGAAGCAUUCUGGCAUCCAACAGAUCUUGCUGUUAAACCAGUUAUGCCCAGUAAAAAAGGAGAUAAAGCUACUGAGACUGUCACUGUGCUUCCUUUUGAAGCUCUCCCUGCUGCUGAUUACAUCAGGUUACCACGAGAACAGAUGAAUGCAUUCCAUAGCCAGAUAAUUCAGAGUUUGAGUGGAUCUUUUCAGGUUUCAGAAAAACAGAAUAUCAUCAGAUACCUGGAGUUGCUAAGCAUGAACUCUGAUGCUGCAAAUAUAAUCACUAAUGGCCCAAUUAUGUCAUUGCUUAUAAAAAUGCUUCGACUAUCAAAAACUUCAGUCUUGCGUGUCCAGGUUGCUUCACUUAUGGGACUGUUGAUACGCUACUCCACUAUCCUUGAUGCAGAGCUAGCUAGUUCAGGAAUUGUUAAUGCCUUGUCAGAUGGCUUAAGGGACCGGCAUGAUAAACUGAGGAGAUUCUGUAUGGCAACACUUGGAGAAUUACUGUUCUACAUAUCAACUCAAUCUGAUCAGGAUAGCAAAGAAAGCAAUGCCCAGGAAUCUCCUAUGAAGGACAACAAAGCUGGUGCUUUGUGGCAGGUUCCUAGUUCUGUAAUCGCACUAGUGUCAUCUAUCUUGCGUAAAGGGGAAGAUGAUCUAGCCCAGCUUUAUGCCUUACGGACAAUUGAUAAUAUAUGUAGCCAAGGAACAGAUUGGACAUCACGGUUUGCUUCCCAAGAUGUAAUUGGUCAUCUUUGCUACAUCUAUAAAGCAACUGGGAAGCAAGAGAAUACAAGGCUUAUUGCAAUUUCUUGUUUGAGCCGCCUAGCUCGAUUCAGUUCGUCAUGUACUCAUUUAAUACUGGAGAAGCUAACAUUUAAGGAUAUUGCAUGCACACUCCUUAAGGGCAAUCCACGUGAGCAACAGAUAAGUCUGAAUCUUCUGAACUCGGCAUUAGGGAACAGUCAUAUCAUACCAAAUAUGAGCCGCUAUAUUCUGUCAUUAACUGAGGAGAAACAGUUGGUCCCUGCACUUAUUUCUCUGAUAGAACAGGGAACUGACAUUCUGCGUGGGAAAGCCCUUCUAUUUGUUGCUCUUCUUUGCAAGAACAGUCGAAGGUGGCUUCCGCAAUUCUUUUGCAAUGCAAAGCUACUAUCAGCAGUCGAUAGAUUGGGAAAGGAGAAGGAUGGUUUCAUUCAUCAAUGUACAGAAGCAUUUGUUCAGUUAGUUGCUUCGUUGGUCCCAGGCAUUCUUGACACUGUAUCCAGUGAUAUACAGCAGGUCAUGGGUGGCAAACGUCAUGGACCUAUUACUGCUUUAACUGGACGUGCUCAUCCAAAGAGCACAAUUCAUUUGUUCCCUGUCAUCCUUCAUCUUCUUGGGAGUGUAUCCUUCAAUCACAGAGUUGUGACAAGUCAAGUAUUGCUCCAGUUGGCUAAUCUUAUGAAGAUAUUGGAGACACCAUUUCAGGCUCGGGAUGAUUUCCAAAUGACAUUGCUGAGGGUUCUUGAGGCAGCUACGGAGGAGCCUUCUGUUAUACUUAGGGAACACAAAAUAUUCACAAGUCGAUUCCUUCCAAGCUUAUCCAUCUUAUACAAGGGCAAUAAAGAUUGUGAUGCCAGAUUCCUGUGUUUGAAGAUACUGUCUGAUGUGAUGAUUGUGAUCUUCAGCGAUUCUUCAUUGACUGCAGAUGAACAAUGUUUAGCUGACCUGAAAACAAUCUCUCACAAAUAUUUUCUCCCAAUGUACCCUUCAUUUGCAGAGGAUGAAGAUCCAAUACCUAUGUAUGCACAGAAACUUCUAGUAAUGCUGAUGGAACAUGAUUGUGUUAAGGUAUCUGAUAUCCUGAAUGAAGCGACAGUAUCCCAGUGCUUUGAAUUCUUGCUUGGAGAUCUUUCAAAUGCAAACGUAAGCAAUGUCAAGCUUUGUUUUGCUCUGGCAUCUGCUCCCGACAUGGACUCCAAUAUCCUUUCGCAGCUUCAGGUUGUCAGAAGAAUAGGGAAUCUACUUGAGUUUGUGACUGCCAAAGAUAUGGAUGAUUUUCUGGAACCAACCUUGGAACUGUGCAGAGCUUUCAUUAUCCGUGGCACCGGCAGCAACAGAAGUAUCGUCCUCAGCAAAGAACCUGCACUCCUUGUUGAUAGCGCCUUCAGCAUGAGCAUUGCUGUUGAUCAACAAUCUUGCAUCAUGGACAUAUGCGACCUUGGUGGCAGUAUGGCUAUAUUUCUGGAGGUGGUUGGAAAUUCAGAUCCACAGAUAAGCGAUUUGGCGUCAGAUUGCGUGGUGUUGCUGCUCAAGGCAGCACCUCGAGAGGCCACAAUGGGCCUGCUGACAAAUCUUCCUAAGCUGAGCGCUCUUCUGGACUCGUUGAAGCAUGGCGCCCCCUUGCCGCUGACUCGCCUGCUAUACAGCCUAGCAUUCUCUUGUAGGCAAUACCUAACCCAAGGAAUGAUACUCUCAAUAUCAGUGCCAGCUCUGAUGCGAGUAGAAGCGCUUGUGUCGUCUUUCAAGGGCUCACAGGAUAGCUGUCUUGCUGAUGCUGCUUCGUGUGUGGGUGCCGAACUGCAGCGCCUACCUCGCUGUGGUUGAGCAGAGAUGUGGUGAAGGAACCCGUCAGUUGGCUGCCAUUGCAUAAGUGAUCUUAAUAGGAGGGUCUUGGCUCGGCUUGGUAUCUCUGGCGCCAAGAGUAUGAGCAGGGCCAUUGCCUCAGUUGCUACUGUCUGGCACGGGAGUGCUGUCCGUGCGCAGGACACCGUUACAUGUUAUGUAAUCUUUAUCCGCGAUGAUAUGGGGCUGCUGUAUAUGGUACUUUUGGCCAAAUCUGUAUUCGCCUUGCCAGUUUUGGUUGGCAUGUAGGUUUUCAGUUUCAUGUAAUUCCCUAGUUGCGCAUCAUGAUCAUGUAUACAACAAUACAUUUGUCUUAUUUCUGUUACCAAGCAAGUGGUGGAAAUUUCCAUUGUUCA